UUUCAUGCUCAAUCUUUUCCACUUGAAAUUUUUUGUUUAAAUUGUAUCUGGAGAUUGAUAAUUGGGAAUCUAAAAUCAAACUUUGCAUAGAUGGGGAGCAAGUGGAGAAACUUCCUGAUGUGAACGGUUUGAACGUUUUGAGAGGUUUCGGGGGAGAUAGAAGGAAUCCUUCGCUGGAAGAUGAACUUAGUCGACGACAGACUGAUGAUGGACAGAGAGGUGCAUUUGCGCCGCCUAACUUUGAACAGUUAUUACAGAUGGGCCAGCAACUUCAGCAAUCCAUUCCAUCUUUCCGCACAAUGAUCAAUCAGCCAAACUAUUAUCAGCAAUCUGAUUUGUCGAUGAUGCCUGAUCACAGGCGGCGAGGUGUUGAUCAUCAUCAGGCUAGAAAUAGACAUGUGAUGCAUCAUCCUUAUAGGGACGAAAGACCGCCGAGGUCUGAUCAAAGACAUAAUCAGCAUGGUGGUGGUCAUUACCAUCAAUAUGGUGGUCAUCAUCAACGAGAAAGAAAGGAAGUAGGCUACUGUGAAUUCACUGUACAACAGCAGCUAUCUUUGGUGAUGAAGAUUUUUGGCGUUUUAAAAAAAGUUGCAAUUGAGUUUUGCUCGGCAACAUCUUUACAUGGAAUGCAAUAUACUGUUGAGCCUCGGAGAGCACCCAUUGAAAGGCCUUUUGAUGAUGAAGAGGAGAAAUCUGAAUUGGAACAAUCGCUUCCAACAUUCAUAAAUCAUUUAUACUUCAAUAUUGUAAAGACGAGAAAGAGGUUGUCCGGCUCCGACAUACACUUGGUAAUGAAAUGGACUGAUUACCUUCAAAAACAUGAUUGGUCAAUGAGCAGAUUCCUGCUUUUUCUCAGUCAUAAUUGUUCGGAGAUGAUAGUCGGGUGCAAAGUAGGUAGAAAAGAGGUCGACUGCUCAGAUAUUUCCAGAACGUCGAGGACUGGUGUUGGCUUCUGCUGUUCUGUUGAUUAUAAUAUACAGACUAAAGAUAAUUUAUUACUGAAGCAUAUUCCUCAAAACAAUCGAGGUACCAACAAAUUAGCAUCAGAAAAAUAUAAUUUAUUACUUGAUGACUUCUCUCUAAUACUGAACCUUUCAUCACAUGAUUCCAUAUACCAUUUAUUUUAUGCAGACAGUGCAACCAUUCUUCUACAUACUCCAAUGGAAUAUCCUUGCCUUCACACUGUAAGAGGAUACUUAUCAGGUGGAGCAGAAACAUAUUUCUCAUUCAAAUCGACUGCUAUGUUGGACUCACCUGGACUUGGGGAUGUGGACCCACUUAUAAGACAGUGUUACAUGGAAGAUGAGAUACAAUUGAAAUAUUUCGAUCAUUAUUCAUUGACUAAUUGUAUUAUGGAGUAUUAUAUGGAAGUUUUGAUUACUAAAUGCAACUGUGUGAUGCCUAAUGUACCUUAUGAAGGGAUCUACAAAGAAUGCACUAUCUUCAAUAACCUCUGUGUCGAUCUCCAUUUGUCUCAAAUUAUGACCGAAGGAAGGAAAUUAAUCACCAUCAAUGGCAAUAGAAUUCCCUGUUUAGAAAGAUGCACUUACUCACGUUAUUCCGUCAUAGUUAAUGUGGGAGAGCUCACAGGUCAUGACUUCAAUCAGAACGAAUACUGGAAUGGAGUGAAUUUCACUGGAUUAACAUUUUUACAUUCAGCUCCAAAGUUCAUGGAAUCAAGAGUUUUCAAAAGAACUGUAUUAGUAAAUCAUUGGGAAAAAUUAGUUGUGGUCGGUUGUUUGGCUGGAGUGGUAUUUGGGCUGAAUAUAUUGAAUAUUAUUGAAUUUAUCUACUUUUUCACUAUUCGAUUUUGCCACUAUAUAAUAAAACAUUUCAAUUCUCUACGCAACAAUAGAACAAUUGGAAUCAAUAGUAAUGUGGAACAGAGAUCGAUGAGAAUCUUUGUUACAAGUCGUCCUAAUGAUACUCCACUGUAAUAUUACAGUAAAGUUAUUGAUAGUAGGCCCACUUCUGCACUACUACCUAUAUGAAUAAUAUUAUAUUGUAACUUUUCAGCAAGAAUAGAAAUACUAAAAAAGACAUACACACAUAAAAACCAAUUGCCUAGAUUAGAUAAUAAAAAUGGAUUCUAUUGCAAGAC